CCAGAACGUUUCCCCAUCAAUAAUGUUGAUACCAUCGAUGUGCCUGCUCCCCGCCCCCGGGGCGCCGCGACCGCCUUUUUGCCGCUCUUUGCUCUGCGCAGGAAAACGAAACCUCCUCUACUGCCCUCGUAGCCCCGGCCUGAGGCCUGGGACUGGAAAUUUCGGAAGCUGGGGCUUAGCCAGAGCGCUUAGGGACCACCUCCACCUCUGGAGUAGGAUAAUCAACUGAACCAAUGGAGCCCGAAAGGGAGUCGGGGGUCCACACAAGGCUUCAGCUCUACCCCACACCGGGGUCAGACUGGACCAUAAUUAGGAAACUUUAUGGGCAGAAGAACCAGGCCUCAUGGAAGGCCUUCAAGCCAUCACCCCUUCCUAAAAUUGGAGCUCGAACAAAGAAGCCCUUCCCUGGGAAUUUAGCUGUGGCCGCGGCCCUAGGCCACGGCCUUUGGGCCAUCCAACUCACCGAGGACAAGCUAGACCUCAGGAAACCCAGGCGAUCCAGUGGAGGGAACAGAGACACCCCUCCCGUCCACCCCCCAAAGGCAGUUUGCACAACUGCUAAGCGCCUCUGGUCUUGGCUCUCCGGAGGAACCUGCAAUCCACAACCUAUCCUCGGCGUGUCCCAGCGGCAGCCCCCAUCCGCGGCUGGAAGGGCUCGACCCCCAGGAGCGCUCCGGCCUGGAGGUGUGCGGAGCGUGCGGAGGGACCCCAGCCGUGGCACCUCACUGGCCUUCGCUUUCUCGGUCCGUUCAAAAAUAAAAAUUAACCCCCCCAGUCUGCGUCCAUUUUUAUUGAUUCAAUUAUGUCUUCGCUCUGCGGCACGCGGUGCCUCGCCAGCUUGCUGACACUUCGGCGACCGCACCGGCGAACCGCGGAACUUGGGCGCGAGACAAUGGCCUGUAAUUGAUGUGUCGCCACCAACAAUAAAGACCAAUUCUCCACUCCCGGCCAUUCCAACCGUCCCCUUCCUCCCAUCCCCCUCCUCCUCUCAUCUCUCCCCCGGCCAAAGGGAAAGAAAACAAACAAGAAAUUAGCGGGGGAUGCCGCUUGCACAGCCGGGCGCCCGCCUCUACGUCGUCGGGGACUGAAAAGAACGAAAAAAGUUAUCAAAGUUUAGAUACCUCCAAUUAAUUCGUCCCUGCUCGCCCGUUUUUAAUUAAACAGCGCAAAGCAGUUUUUGCAUUUUCGUUCGUUUGUUGUGUUUGGGGGGAGAUCCCCCUCCAC